AAAUCCGGUCAAGAAGCUUUUAAACAGUAGUAUAAAUAAAUCCUAUCCAAAUCCCAAUGAUCUGAGCCUUCCGAGAGUUUGAGGUUGAUGUGAGCGCGAAAAAGAUGUUAGUUUGGCGUAGCGUAAACAUAACAGUUCCUAACAACGUUCAUUUUUCUCUUGGGAAUUUCAUCAAACACCUUCCGUCCUCAACAAUUUCCUGUCCGUACAGACUCAGCACCAAAACCCUGGUCACUACCAGUGCCCUUAGCUCCUCUUCCUAUUUCGAAACCCUAACUUCCCGCCAAAAAGACCAGCUCAAUCUCUACGUCCACACUCUUCUAGAAUGGAACCAGAGAAUGAAUCUUACUGCUGUUAGAGAGGUAAAUGAAGUCAUGGAAAGGCACAUUGAGGAUUCACUUUCAAUACUACCACCUAUAAAGAAUUCUUAUGUCUCUCACUGUAACAAUUCAAUCAACAACCUUAAUCUUGUUGAUGUUGGAAGUGGCGCGGGGCUUCCCGGUCUAAUUUUAGCUAUUGCUUGUCCAGAUUGGAAGGUAACUCUAUUAGAGUCGAUGAACAAGCGGUGUGUUUUCUUGGAGCAUGUGAUAGGUCUUACCGGCUUGUCAAAUGUCAAAGUUGUAAGAGGAAGAGCGGAGAAUUUGGGGCAGGAUCUUUGCUUCAGAGAGCAAUUUGAUGUAGCAGUGGCCAGGGCAGUUGCAGAAAUGAGAAUCUUAGCUGAGUACUGUCUUCCUCUGGUUCGUGUUGGUGGUUUGUUUGUAGCUGCAAAGGGUCAUGAUCCUCAGGAAGAAGUUAGGAAUGCAGAAAGAGCAAUCCAAAUGAUGGGUGCUUCCCUGUUGCAACUGUGCUCAGUGGAGUCACACAGCCCAUAUGGACAGCGGACUGCCAUCAUAUGUUUAAAAGAUCACUCCACCCCAAGGAAGUAUCCUCGCGAUCCAGGCACACCAGCAAAAGAACCACUGUAAAUAAUUCAGAUGCACAUUCUGCUGUUAUUUUUAUUGACGGCUUGUACUUUGAGUUGCCACUUCUUACAAGUGGAAAUAAAUAUAUGUAACACUAAACAGAAGCGAACUUACAUUUUGAUCCACCAAAGUGACCUAUUGUGCUUAACGUAAUGUGAAUUCUUUAUUCGUUUAUGUUUUUAA